AUGGUCUUUGAGUUUGGUGUUGAUCCUAAUCUUGAUCCCGAACUUGCUUUGAAGAAGAGAAGACAGGAAGCUAAAGCAGCAGAGGUAUCCACCACUUCAAAUUCUAAUCAAGAAGCAGAGUCAUCAACAAUGGCUAUUGAUCAAACAAUCGGAGGAGGCAGUACUGAUAAAGCUGAACUUAGUACAAUUAUUAACACAGAAAAUCAAGUAUGUUCAAUUGAUUUAGGGAAGCAAGGAGGAGAGGAGGAGAAAGAGGGUGAUAAAGAUACUGAUGAUGUACAUAUGGAGGAACUUACCGAGGAUGAACAGAUGGCUCGUGCAUUACAAAUGUCAAUGCAAGGAGAUGGUGAAUCUAAUGUUAAGAUAACAACGGAUGAUUAUAAUGUUAUGCAAGAUCCAGAAUUCAUGAGUGAACUGCUUCAAUCUUUACCAGGAGUUGAUCCUAAUGAUCCACAAAUUAGAAAUGCUUUACAAGUGAUUGCGCAUUUAACCACUCAAAGAAAUGCAAUUAAGAUGCUACAUACCAGAAUAAAACUUCUACAUAAAUAUCUUGUUAAUUCCAAGAAUGAUCCAUCAACAGUAGAUCAUGAUAUUCUUCGUCAAAUCGCUGGACUUUGUAAUCGUUUACCAACAAUAGAUGGAUCAGAUUUCAAUCAAGAGUUUUUAACA